AAACUUGAAAUGUCAACCUCAGCAAGGGAGUUUCAGUUUGAUGUGUUGGAAUUUAUUUAAUUUUUAUUAAAUACGAUCAAUUUCAAUAAAUUCACUGUAAGAAAAAGAAACCAUGACUACAUUUGACUCCAAAUAUGAUAUGUUUCCAGCAGGCGAUGUGGGCGUGGUGGAGGGAGAGAUGAACAUCCCCACACAGGGCGGCGCCCCCGGAGAUGGCAUGGAGUUCAACACACUCGACGAACCGAUUAAGGAAACAUUUCUCCGAGAUUUAAGAGCAGUUGGCAACAAAUUUUACCAUGUACUUAUUCCUAGAGAAAAGUCUAGUUUAUUGAAAGAAUGGGAUCUCUGGGGCCCUCUUCUGCUUUGUACAUUCAUGGCGACCAUUCUCCAGGGCUCAGAGCGAGCGGACAAGUCCAAUGAUGGCGGACCUGAGUUCGCUGAAGUCUUCGUUCUAGUCUGGAUAGGUGCAGCUGUUGUUACGUUAAAUUGCAAACUCCUUGGGGGAAACAUCUCGUUCUUCCAAUCAGUGUGCGUGCUGGGCUACUGCCUGUUUCCGAUAGCGCUGGCGCUAGUUGUGUGCCGCGUGAUCCUCUUCGCGUCGCAGACCACGUUCCUCUUCUUCCUGAGGCUCGUCAUAUCGCUCGUCGGCUUCGUGUGGGCCACGUUCGCGGCGACAAAGUUCCUCGGCGACAGCCAGCCCGAAGGCAAAAAGGCGCUCGCGGUGUACCCUAUAUGCCUGUUCUACUUCAUCCUGUCCUGGCUCGUGGUGUCCCACAGCAACGUAUAGACCGGGACAAGGGACAUGUGGUAGUUAAGACACACCCUCGGCUUGCUCUCGAUAGUAUAAACCUGCCAAUUUUUGUGAUAAUUUUGGAGUCGGUGAACGAAAGUUUUAUGGAAACCACAAUAUUUAUGUAAAUGUGUAAAAAUAAAAAGUGGUGUUGUUUUUGAGGUGUAUAAACACAACAUUACCGGCAAAUGUGUAAAGUAUGUAUUAUGUGAAAAUAUUUCGCUUAAAUUUUGAAAGAUAUGCACGACAAACCCGCAACUGGUCGCUUCUCCAAAUCAAUGCGUUAAAUAUUAAUAAAAAUCUUACAAAUCAAUUAAUUCAAUCGCAACUGUACAAUUCUAUUUGUCUCGAAUCUUUGACGUAGGCAAUUCUAAAAAAAAUUUAGUUCACCGAUUAACGAGCUAACCAACGAUAGCUCACGGUUAGAUUUGGCAGCAGUAUUAUUUUGAUCGAAAGCAAAACCGACGGGUAGAGCAAAGCGCACGGCUGAAUUACGACGCGAAAUCAUCUGAUUUGACUUUUGGGGUUCCGAAGUCAUGACAGUGACUUUUAAUUUAAGUAACGAUGCAUUUGUGUUUUUGUAUUUUAGUAACGAUUUUAUAGUUGUCACUAUAUGUAUCAAACAAUUUCUAUUUUCAAACUUCUUGAAAGCUAGUCAAAAACUACGAUGUUAAAUCCAACAGACUUCUUUAACAAUAGUUUAGGAGCAUGGCGUGGCGUAAUAAGGUAAAGGUGGAAAAUAAAAUCAUCAAAAUAAUUAUACAUACCUACAAAUGACAGUGCAAUAUUUAUCUCUCGACGUUAUUUAGUAUAUUAUGUAGUUAUUCAAAAUGUUAGUUCGUGGUGCCAAUAAACCACAAAAUGCGGAAAAAUAUGAACAAGGGCACUUGCUAUCUUUAAUAGUUGAUCAUAUUUAUAUCAAAUCAUGUGAUUGACCAGCGUGACUCGUGAGGCCGUGCGAAACUAUCGUAAAACAUAUUUAUAUCAGUUAGAAUUUAAUAUGUGAAUAAACUUUCGAUCCGUCAUGUAUUUAUUGUUUUGAAGUGUUACUCGUGUUAUUGUGUUUUUACCAGCACAAGUGAGCAUUCCAAUUUUUAUUAUAAUAGUAAUUAAUGUAAAGACACAAUUUUGUAUAUAGUAUCGAUUAAAACGCUAUUUUCUGUC